UAAAUUCAAACGAACAAAGACGCAAAUCCAUCCAGGUUCAUCAUCUCUCUCUUUUUUUCUUUUCCCUUUUUCCUAUUCCUCUAGUUGAAACUCCUCGAAAGCGUGUAAUGCAAUUACAACUGAACAAAACAAACAUCACCAACGAGUUUUCUUCUUCUUCAUUCUCUCUCUCUGAAUCUCAUAAAAUGGAUGAAGAAAGAAAGAACAAUAAAAUUAGUUUCAUCUCAAAAAGUAGUAAAAAAGAAGAUGUUUACCAUGUUCUUUACAAGCUUCCUUAUGGUGAUUCUCCUUAUGUCAGAGCCAAACAUGCUCAGCUGGUAGAGAAGGAUCCGGAAGCUGCAAUUGUAUUAUUUUGGAAAGCAAUAAAUGCAGGGGACAAAGUAGAUAGUGCUUUGAAGGAUAUGGCAGUUGUGAUGAAGCAAUUAGACAGAUCAGAAGAAGCCAUUGAAGCCAUCUCUUCUUUUAGAGGCCUUUGUUCCAAACAAUCUCAAGAGUCCCUUGAUAAUGUACUCAUUGAUCUUUACAAGAAAUGUGGGAACAUAGAUGAGCAAAUAGAUUUGUUGAAGCAAAAGCUGAAAUUGAUCUACCAAGGUGAGGCCUUCAAUGGGAAACUCACAAAGACGGCUCGGUCUCAUGGCAAGAAGUUCCAAGUUUCUAUUAAACAAGAAACUUCCAGAUUACUGGGAAACUUGGGCUGGGCCUACAUGCAAAAGAUGAACUAUGUGAUGGCCGAGGUGGUGUAUCGGAAAGCCCAAAUGAUCGAUCCAGAUUGUAACAAAGCAUGUAAUUUGGGCCUAUGUCUCAUUCGACAAGCCCGAUAUGAAGAGGCACAAUUGAUUAUUGAUGAUAUACUAAAAGGAGAACUUCCAGGCUCAAAUGAUAUCAAGUCUAGGCAAAGAGCCAAAGAUCUCCUAGAAGAGUUGAAAUCCUUGCUACCUCAAUCUCAUCCGUUGGAUCUUUUGAUUCUUGAUGAUGAUUUCAUCAAAGGCUUGGAACAGUUGAUGAAUGAAUGGGUUCCGGUUAGAACAAAGAGACUUCCAAUUUUUGAAGAGAUUUCUUCUUGUAGAGAUCAAUUAGCUUGUUGAUUUUUAACUUGUAGAUAGCAAAUUUUUUGGAUAUGGUUAUUCUCAUAGGUGUUUGAAGCACUUCUUUUCUUUAUUUUCCAUAGAGUGGUGGGUGUGUUGUUUAUUGGGAAUAGGGGUAGAUGUUUUUUCUCCCGACCCCGUGAUUCUUUUAUACCCCCAAUUCCAAUUUUGUCCUUGCAAAAAACUUCGGUCUGCAGAAACCGAAUUUUUUCUAGUACAAAUUUAGAGUAAAUUUUGGUUUUUAUAAACCGAAAUUUAUUUUCAAGGCAAAAAAAAAACUUCGGUUUCUAUAAACCGAAGUUUUUUGCAAGGGUAAAAUUGGAAAUUCAGGGGCAUAAAAAAAACACGGGGUCGUGAGAGGGAGAGAAAACAUCAUAGGGGUAUAUAUAUGAUAGGGUGAGAAGUGAGAAAUAAAUGCUUGUUUGAAAGUGUAGUAGACCUCAAAAACGUAUGUUGAAGACAAUCAUUCUAUCUUGAUUGUCUCAAAUGUAUCACUACACCAUGAAAUCAUGUUAAUUAUCAUAUUAGUAUGAUGAGAAUAAAUGUGUGUUUGGAUCGUAAAA